AUGAGAGCUCACAUUGUUACUCUUGUGUUGGAUGCUGAAAAGGUACUUACUAUUUUGUUUACUAAUGAGAGCUCACGUUACUGUGUACACAUAUUCAGAGUUUCGGAUAACCUUUUGAAGGUCAAUAAGCCAACCCUCCCAUUAGCGUCCGGAGAGUUUUCAGUGCCAACUACAGUAUUGUUAAUAGUGGCAUUCUUGGUCAUGAGCAUUAGCAUCGGAAUAAGAUCAAAGUCUGCUCCAUUGAUGUGUGAUUUGCUUGUUAGCUUCCUUCUUGGAAGCGCAUACUCCAUUGAUGUUCCAUUACUCUGGUGGAAGCGACAUGCUUUUCUAGCUACAUUCUGCAUAAUCUUUGUGAGGGCUGUAGUGGUCCAGUUAGCUUUCUUUGCACACAUGCAGCAACAUGUUCUGAAGAGGCCCUUGGCACCUACAAGGUCGGUGGUCUUUGCAACAUGUUUCAUGUGUUGCUUCGCUGCAGUAAUAGCGCUAUUCAAGGAUAUUCCUAAUGUCGAUGGAGAUAGAGAUUUCGGCAUUCAGUCCAUGACUGUACGAUUAGGCCAACAGAGAGUGCAUAGGCUCUGCAUUAAUAUUCUCAUGACAGCAUACGCAACCGCAAUUUUGGUAGGAGCGUCAUCUAUGAACCUGUAUCAGAAGAUUGUCAUUGUGUCUGGUCAUGGCUUGCUUGCCUCCACACUCUGGCAAAGAGCACAACAAUUUGACAUUGAGAAUAAGGAUUGUAUCACACAAUUUUAUAUGUUCAUUUGGAAGUUAUUCUACGCUGAGUAUUUUCUUAUACCAUUUGUGUAGUAAAGAAUCAUGCGAAGAACAGCACCCCUGCUAUAGACAUGUGAAGGUUUAUUGCUAAUGUUUCU